CAAACAAUUUGUGCAUUGGAACUUAUACAGUAUCAAUAACCCUCUCUCUCUUUCUUCUUCCCUAUUGUAUUUAGAUAAUAUUUUUUAUUCAUUCCCACAUACACUAAACGUUGCUUCCAAGAGUAUACACAUGAAUUAAAGUUGAACAUCCGCAGUGAAGACGUGUAAUAAGAAUCAAAUAAUGGCGGAUGUAAAAACGUUUAGGGUAUCUCGUGGUGCGGCAAAUGCCAAUCAGAGGUUCUCAGUUGAUAGUUAAUUGACAUCUAUGUCAAUAGUGAUAUGAAAAACAUCAUUAACCGGUGAAGGAGAAUUUGUUGAAAUUUUGUGGUCUUAUAAGAAAAAUUAAAGUUGAAAUAUUAUCAGCGUAUUUUUGAAUUGAAAUGAACUUAUAAUGCAAUUAUUUUCUUAAGACGGUAUGAAGACGCGACAUUGGAGUAUGGUAGCCCUCUUCGUUAAUCAACAUAAAGACAUCUCGAUCAGCUGAUUGAGUGUAUCAAGUAUGGAUCAUCGACAUGUGAGCAUUAUCUAAGGAUACGGUACUCGACUUCGAUCGGCAGCAAUUACACGCUGUCAUUAUAAAUUGUACGAGUAAACUCACACACAUUGGAUCUACUUACAAAAGCAAUAAGAUCUCUGGUUGUUUUCUUGAAGGUGUGAAACGAAUUAGAGUAAAAAAAUGGGUAAUAAAAAUAGCUGCUGUGGUUAUUCUAGUCCUCAAGGGGGCAGAAAAGAUUUGUCUGGAGACAGUGGGACCAGGGGAUUAGAAGAACAUCUUCCUGAAGGAGAAUUUAGUGUUACUAAUUUACAACACAUCAGUGAACGAGAACCAGAAGAUUGGGAUUCAGAUCCUUCAUUGCAUCCGUGUGCUGGAACAAUAUUUAUGGAACGUUCCAAACAAGCAAUAGAGAACGGUAUGGUACGAAAAAAAAGUCAGCAUCAAAUCGCAGAUACAAGGCCUCUAAAAAAGAGCAGUAGUUGUAGUACGAUAUAUUUGGAUGACAGCACUGUAUCUCAACCGAAUUUAAAAAAUACAGUCAAAUGUGUCGCUUUGGCGAUUUAUUAUCACAUAAAAAAUCGAACAUCUCAACGACAAAUAGACAUUUUUGAUGAAAAACUUCAUCCACUUACACGGGACGGAAUAGCUGAUGAUUAUGAUAAACAUAAUCCUGAACAUAAGCAAAUAUAUAAAUUUGUGAGGACUUUAUUCAAUGCUGCUCAAUUGACUGCGGAAUGUGCAAUCAUUACACUUGUUUACCUCGAACGACUACUAACGUAUGCUGAAAUUGACAUUACACCUGCCAAUUGGAAACGUAUUGUUUUGGGUGCUAUUCUUCUAGCCUCCAAAGUGUGGGAUGAUCAGGCUGUUUGGAAUGUUGAUUAUUGUCAAAUACUUAAAGAUAUUACUGUCGAGGACAUGAAUGAACUCGAAAGACAAUUUUUAGAAAUGUUACAAUUUAAUAUCAACGUUCCAUCGAGUGUAUAUGCGAAGUAUUACUUUGAUCUUCGUACUCUAGCUGAAGCUAAUGAAUUAACAUUCCCAGGUGAACCACUUAGUAAAGAGAAGGCGCAAAAACUUGAAGCUAUGUCAAGGGUAUAUGAAGAUAAAGUUACAACUGAAGUACUCAGGAAUGGAAUAAAAAAAUGGUCUAGUUUGGACAAUGUUUGUAUGGGUGGUCCACGACGUAGUAUCGCCAUUCUUUCAUAAGAUGCCAAACACUAAAGUGUGAAUAAAUAUAGAUAUUUAGAAUGAAUCACAUUUUCUGACGAUGGGACUUCGUGGAAAAAUGAUGACUAGGAAGCAAAACGUAGUAAAACGUUGACAUUCCAUCGUAGAAAAAAGAGUUUUAUUAAAUGUAGAGAGAAAAAGACUCUAUUAUGAUAUGAGUGACAAAGUGUUUUGUUACCAGAAAAUAAGUUUGACAGGCAUACCGGUGUGAUUUUUUAAACUGCGAUAUUGUUUAAUGAUAAUCAUUGUUUGAAUGAUGGGAAAAGCGUCAAUUGAUUGUACGAUGAGAGUGCAGGGUCUUUUUGUUCUUUUUUAAUAAUUUUAUCAAACAUUUAAUUGACGUUACGCAGUCCGAAGAUGAUAAUUAUAUUAUUAGAAGUAUCCUCGGCAUGAAUGACCUUGAAAUUUUAUCAGAUAUUAAGAUUAUUUAUUAAUCUUUUCUUAUGUACACUGUCGCUUAAAUAGAAACUUCGCCAAAUAAUGUACAAAAUAUUUUCGUACUUCGAAAUGAAGAGUUCCUAAAUGGAAAGAAUUCCAUAUUAGUUUAGAUUCAAACAUAUGUAUUUUGAGGUCAUUUAAAUUUGAGGUGCUUCCUUUAAUGUUGGUAAUAACCAGAUGGAUACAAUAGGAAAAUAGCCAAACACAAUGUACGUGAUAGAUCGUGAUAGACCCAUUCGUCUGUAGGUCUAAAUUUGUUGUGUGAAUGUGUAACAAAUUAGCUGACAAUUUUGAUAAUAAGUCAGCGUGAUGUUAUCUUUUCAGGAUAAUAUUAUUGAUGAUGGUAUUGCCCAUGAAAUCAUCAUGAUUAAUAAUGAAAUUUUAUAUUUUUUAGUCAAUUAAUUAAUAAUGAAUUACAAUUUAAAAAAUAAUUAGUAAAUGAGGGUGGUUUUCAAUUGUUUUUAAAAAUACUUAUGACGACACAACCAAAAUAUGUGGGUAAAUGGUAUUAAUUUUUAAUUUUAAAGUAAACAAUGAAUGAAUAGAUUAUUUAUUUUUAAAUUAACGUCAGUUUGAUCUCGCUAACUUACUCCUUGUAUACGCUAACAGCUUAAUGCGAUUAUAUAUCUUACAAUUUUUGAAAAGAAAAUAUUGAAAGUAAUUUUGCUAUUAAAUAUCUAAUGCAUUGCUCCAUCCUCGGACGAACGGGACUAAUAAAGCCCUACUCUCUAUAUAUUUUUAUAAGACAAUUUCUUAACAUAAGCGAUUAAGAGAAUGCCUUCUUUUACCUUGAGUCAUUGAAUAUUCGCGUGUGUAUGUGACAAUUUACUAGACGUCCAUUAGUAUCAUUGAGAUUAGAAAAAAAAGAAAAAGAGGGAAAAGCAAAAAGUCCCAAAGCAUUAUGCAUCUUGCAUUUGCCUCAAUUUCUUUAUACAAUAAAACCUCGAAUUGUUUCACUCUCGAUUUUUUACACAUUCUGUUAAUUUUUAUAGUAUUUUUAAUCUUAAAUGCCCUUGAUUCAAAGUCGCGCAGACUUUGAUUUCAUUAAAACAAAGAGAAAGUGAGAAUUAUAAAAAAAAUAAAUGUAGGUUUUGUAUUUCACUCAUUCACUCUUGCUUUGCUCAGCACUGUUUUGACGUAAUUCGAAAUUAUCAUACGAUUAUCUACUUAUUUUGUAACACAUAUCUUUUUUGAAUACAAAGUUCUAUUAAACCAUAUACUUUUAUAUUAUUCUCAAUCUCUUACAACAGUCCCGAAAUAGAUCAACAGUUCGAGGUUCUACUGUAAAAAAUAUUAUUAUCAUUAUUAUUAUUAUUAAACGCAACAGUUUAUUAGCUGGUAACUAAUGUAUGCAUAAUUAAUUGUGGAUAAUUGAUAAAAUUACGCCAAUGUUGAUAUAAGGGUUUUUAUUUUAGUUAAAGACCACUGAAUGGUCAAUAAAAAUAUUUGUACUUAUAUCUAUAGAAUGUAUUUUACAAUUUAAGUCUUUUUAUAUCAUCAGGACGUAAAUCCGUCCUUAAUGCUGCAAUUUUACGCACUUCUGCUGGAGUUAAACGCCACGCGAUAGCAUCACUACCACAAUAAUCAGCUAACUCUUCAACUUUUUCUACACUUAAAAUUGUUGCAAUUUGCAUAAGUCUCGCAAACUUGUCUCGUACUGACCAAGAAGUUGCAGCAGCUAAAUAACCUGCUAACGACCUGAUUUCUUUGUCUAAAAUGAGUCCACCAGCCUGUAAAAUAUAUACAUUUUAUUAUCAUCA